UCUCUCUCUCUCUCUGUUCUUCCCUUUCUCACUCUUCUCUUCACUCUCUCUCUCUCUCUCUCUCUCUCUCUCUCUAAUGUGGACUCAAUGGCUGAGAUCGCCGACCAGAGUUCAAUCUCCGGCGGCGGCGAAACCGCGUUCUCGCCAUUUCUCCUGCUCCUCCUUUAAAGACAUUCAGGAUCUCUGCCGCGAAGAUUCCGAGUCCGAUUCCGGAUCCGAUUCGCCUCCGACCACUCCAAAGCGGCCCUCAAUCUUCCACCGCGUUCGUCUCUCCACCUCCGUCCUCCGCUCCUGGUCCCACCGCCUCCCCGCCGCCUCCCGCUCCCUUCCGGACUCCGAUCGUCGCAUCGUCCUCUACCAUACCUCUCUCCGCGUCGUUCGCCGCACCUUCGAGGACUGCAGAACCGUCCGAUCCAUCCUCCGAGGCUUCCGCGUCCCGAUCGACGAGCGAGACCUGUCCAUGGACUCGAGAUUCGUGGACGAGUUUCACGAGGCGGUCGGCGGGAGGAAUCUGAGUCUGCCUAGAGUCUUCGUCGGCGGUCGGUACAUCGGCGGAGCCGAGGAAAUCCGGCAGCUCCACGAGAGCGGCGAGUUGAGGAUGCUAAUCGAAGGCCUUCCGGAGGUGAAAUCGAGCUCUUGCGAGGUAUGCGGAGGGAUUAGAUUCGUUGUGUGCGAAGAAUGCGACGGAAGCCAUAAGAUCUACGUCGAGAAAUGCGGAUUCAGAUCGUGCAAUUCCUGCAACAUCAACGGCUUGAUUCGCUGCCCUUCCUGUUCAUCGAUGCGGCUGCGGAGCACAGGCGUACAAACACAUCGCCACCAUAGCUGUACGAAGGAGGAUGGCAACCUGAAACCUGCAGUCUGCCGAGGAACAUACCUGCAAGUGGAGGCACCACCCACUAACUGUCGAGAGCAUCCGCGCAUCCAUCAGGGCCUCGUACAGCUCGGCGUGCCUCUGCACCCAAAACCGUCAUCCUUCAUUGUCGGCCACCUGCACCUAUAAAAUUGAAGGACUCCUAUCACCACGGGGUAAGUGAAAAACCUGUCACUUAAAUCUCAAGAUGUCUACUCCAAUUUUAUUACUCUGAUUAUUGACUUGAACAUCAGAGUGUAUUAGGCGAGACACCGCACCAACGUCAAGUUUUUCGGUUGGAAGCUCAUUUACUCCUCGAUGAACAUUCUUAUUCGGAGGACACAUAAACCCGUCCAAAAUUCACCAUAAACAAUAGAAAUAAAGUUAUGAUAACAAGAUUGUUGGGAAAUUGAUUGACUUGAAU